AUGCUGAAAUGGAAAAGUGGAGACAUAUCGGGCGGGCGGGCGCUGCUCUGCCGGGCGGGCCGGUGCAGCUUGGUGCGUCUGCCCGCCACUAGAUGGCGUCCGCCCGCGCGCCUGUGUGCUCCGUGCCGCGCCGCACACCGCCGCGCGCCAUCACUCCGCGCUCGACCGCGCCGCCGAUUGCGCGCCUACAAGCUAAAUCGGGAACCGCGUUUUGACUUUCAUGUGCCGCUCCUGUGUGGUCGCGUGUACGCGUGGUGCGAUGUGCCCGCGACGCGCGUGAACUGCCGGCCCCGUUCCUGCUCCCCCGUGGCUUGCCCGGCCGCCACCCUGUACCCUGACAACCAUGUCGGGGGCCUCGGCGCGCCCUGCGACGCGGCUGCCGCGUCGCCAGCGCCCGCCUCCGGGCACUCCGCCGGGCCGGCCUGGUGGAGCGUGAUGAACAGCGUCGGCGGGGCGCUCUACGAGGAGGCGCACGCGUCGCCUCCGGGCGGCUCCCCACCGGCCGCGCCCGCCGCCGCUCCACCCUCGGCCUCCAGCGCUUCACCGGCCUCCGUGGGCUCCAACCCUCAACAGCCUCUCCACAUCCCAGCCAAGCGCUACGAGCCAGAGCCGGGAGUCAUACGACACGCGCAGCAGUCAUGGGGCUACCCACCUGACGCACCUGCUUCCUUCGAACACCAGUAUCCCACUGGUCCUACUUACUAUAAUUUGCCUGUUGAGAGGGAGCGAAAAUCAGCGUUACCAUUUUGGCCGACGAGUAGUGGAGAGUAUAAACCUUAUACAGACGGAUGCCAUCAAGGCUUUUCACAACCCUGUUGGAAUUACCCCUAUGGUGCUCCACGGGGUGAUCAGCCGUUAUCUUAUGUCGGUGGUGAAGAACGCAGAACAGCCGUAUCUGAAGCAUCUGGUUUCUCCCACGACGCCUACGGUCUACGAAACUACGCACCAGAAUCGGUAUCCAGUGCGCCCUAUCCGCCCCCGAGUGCUCUACCUGGUUCGCUAUCCAUGUCAGUAGGCGUGGGCGUCGGCUGCGGCUCUUCUAACCCUCUAGAUUGGACUGGCCAAGUAACUGUGCGUAAAAAACGCAAACCCUAUUCGAAAUUCCAGACUCUCGAACUAGAGAAGGAGUUUCUUUUCAACGCUUACGUGUCGAAGCAGAAGAGAUGGGAGCUGGCUCGUAACCUGAAUUUAACCGAGCGUCAAGUGAAGAUAUGGUUCCAGAAUAGACGAAUGAAGAACAAGAAGAAUUCGCAAAGGCAGGCGGCGCAAGCGGCUCAAAACAAUAACAAUAAUUCGAAUGCUAAUAACCACAACCACCACGCGAGCCACCACCACGCGCCACACCACGUGGCCCUGCACCACGCGCCGCCUGCCAAGCAUCAUCAG